AUGUCCGCCCAAGCCUCAGCCUUCUCAACACCGCCAAGCGACAAGGAUACGCCCACCCAAGACCGCGGCAUCUUCGAUCACGAAGCCAACAAGCACCAGAGCCACCACUACCUGCGCAUGUACGGCGGACAGGUCGUGCAAGCCGCCAUGUGGGGGUUUGGAGCAACUCUCGGUGCAGACGCUGCGAAUGCGGCGGUGGGUGAGGUGAAGGAAUGGUGGCGGCAUUGA